AUGCUUGAAUAUAUUGGGAAUACAAAUUUGGGUGACAUUUUGCCAUUUUUACAUUGGGUAGAUUUCCAGGGAUUGGAGAAAAGGUUUGUAAAUUUGAUGAAAAAGCUUGAUAAGUUCAUGCAGAAGUUAGUACAUGAACAGCGCAAACUUUUCUUGAGUGAGAAAUUAUGGGAAAGCCAUGGCCAGUCUAAGAAGACAGUGAUAGAUCAUUUGCUAUCACUGCAACACAAGGAACCAAAAUAUUACAUGAAUGAACUCAUCGAAGGAAUAAUUCUGGCAAUGCUUGGCGCCGAGACAGAAAGUUCAACCACCACUUUAGAAUGGACAAUGUCAGUUCUCAAUCAUCCAGAAUCCAUGGACAAGGCAUUGGCCGAAAUCCAGACCUGCUAUGGACGUGCAUUGGAUAAGCAAGACCUUCCAACACUGAAAUAUGUGCAGCGUAAUCAAUCAAACACUCGGGUUAUUUCCAUUGGCUCCCCUUCUCAUGCCACACGAAUCAUCGGAUAA